AUGAAUCGAUUCCGUAAACACAAGAAGAACAAGGAGGUGAAGGACACCUUGGAAGAGCUGGAGGGUGGGUCGACGACGACCACGAGUUCAUCCCCGUUCAGCUUGAAACCAUCCAAGAAGAAGGAAGCCCGCGAACCGAAACCAGAGCUAGAUUUUGCCGCAGCUCUCCCGCCGACGGAUGAUUUUCGAACUAGUCUGCUGAUGCCAAAACUGUCGGCCCGAUUCAGCAUGCUGCGAGAACAGGACGACCCAGAAUCCAAGAUGGGCAAGGCUAGCGACGACAGCGUGCUGUUUCCCAAACGUGCUUCCCGAUUGAAUCUCUUCGGCCACAACCCCAAUAUUCUCACAGACAUUGACGAAGUAUCUUCCAACGACGGGAGUCGACCUUCAAUUGCCCUGGGACGCACCGAUUCCUACGCUUCUGGUGCCGAUAUUGGAUACGGCACAGACGACGAUCGGCCUCAGAGUGGCAGUAUCAUGAGCAGGGCCCGCCGAGCAGACGGAAACAACUUGUUCGGUGGUCGCCAAAAGGUAUACCGGAUUCCUGUGCGUGCUGGUGGUGCUCCGUCACCAAGCUCCCCAGGCGGAAUGGGCAAGGCAGUCUAUGAACAUGACUUGAACCUGUCCGCUUUCCAGAAGAUGCGUCGCAAGGAGAAGGAGGAACAGGCUGCUGCGGAAGAAUCUGCUCGCGAAUAUGCUGCUCAUGAGUACGAGGAUACGAUAUCUACCAAUUCGUCUAUCAACCGGACGACCUACUCAUCCAUAGCCUCCGGGCCCACCGUUAAUACUCGCACGUCGACCGCCGCCACCUCCAUCGACGAAAACCAGCUUGGUUCAUCUCAGGGUCAGCCUCCUAAUAAUGCAAUUCCCGAAGCUCCUGUCGAGGCUGGGCCACCUUCAGCCAUGUCAACCCCGCGCAAUGGAUCUGUCCGAUCUCGACGUCUCUACGGCCAGGGAUUGACACAGACGGCACAGAAUCAGCAAAACUCGACUUUGUAUCGUCUUGAAAGUCUCAGUCGCCAGCGCGCUGGAACCCCUGAUUCCCUUUCUUUGAACCGAAACUACUCUCGCAGCGCCACAAAUUUGCGUGAUCGGCUGCAGAAACUGGCAAUUGCCGAGCCAGCUUCUACAUCUCGACCAACCAGCCCGCCGUCAUCUGCUACUUCACCGAAGCAACCGACAAUCCCCGAGCCUGCACCAAGGGAUCGUAUCUCGCCUACGGCGGCCAGUUUCGGGGCCGCACCUCCCCUGAGCCCGCCUUCAAGCGAAACGGAUGAUGGCGCUUCCUUGUUGGCGGCGGCAUUGAACCCAGAGGACCAUGGCAAGGCUACCGCUAUGGGUCUGUUCAAUCGACCCGCUACUGGAUUCGACGAGCAGGCUUUCUCUCGUCGUCAGCUUCAGAUGCAUCAGGGCCGCGCAACUCCUCCCCCGCGACGACCUUCACCGCCACGUCGGGCCCCGCCCCAGGAGCCUGCCAGCCGCUCGCGCGGGCUUUCCAAGUCAAGCUAUCGCUCUCGAGCAGAGUCUGCUUCCUCGCACUAUAGCAGUGACGCUCACCACGGCAUGGACCAAUCUCGAGACGCCUCGCCCUCGCGGCCCGGCGUGUCUGCCACCUUCUACGCCAACUCCACUGCAAGCGAGUCUGGAGACGAAGGCGAGGAUCGCCGAUCGUACGAGGUCUCGUCCGCUACAUCUUUGGCAACUGAAUACGGUCAAUUCUACCAAUCCAACACUGCAACUAAGCCGCCUACCCCCAAUGGGGAGCAACUCGAGACUCUCCCCGAGGUGCGUUAUUCGGAUCUGGGUGACCUCAAGCCGAUUGAGGAGAAUGAUCCAGAGGAGACAAAUGCCUCGGACAAGGCACAAGACAAUGAGCCUCCCAGACCUGACUCGCCAGUCAUUCAAGCUGGUUUCGGUCUUGGUGGAAUUCGGUCUCACCUUCGCCAGGAGAGUGACAAGUCCUCCAUCUUCCCUCCUCCUUCUCCCGGUCUGCCGCAGCAGGAGAUGAACUCGAGCAAGGAUGCUCCGCAAGAUCCUGUCCCAGAGGAUAUUCCCACGCCCCCGACUGAGGAGAAACUCCCCGCAGAGGCUUUCCCCGAGCCAGUUCAGCAGCCCGAGACGUCGAGCCCCCGAGCUCCUUCUAGACAUUCUUCUGAUGUCUCGGUUGAGCGCUCUAGUGAGGACUCCUCUGACAACGGGACUUUCGGCAAGGUUCCUUCAUGGAGAGAAGAGUUGGCCUACCAUCACCGCCGGGAUGGUAGCACCGAAACUCAAAAGGAACGGGAGGAGUUUGCGAUUGAGCUCGCUGAGCGACGCAAGAAAGUCCAGGAGAAAUUGCGUAGCGUGGCUGAGAGUGAGAGUCGCUCUAGCAGCCCUACCUUUGGCCGCUCCACCCCGGAUCUUAGCGCUGGGCCAAAGGCUGGCAAUGCCUUCUCUAUCCUGAAGCACAAGUCGGGCAAGCAGGGCCUCGGGAAGCCUGACCAGAAGAGCUUGUACGGUUACAACAGCUCCUCCACUCCCGCAUUGGUCGAAGAGUCCUGGCGGCACGAGGAACGGCCAGGAUUCUCCUUUGGCCCUGGCCGCUAUGCUAAUAGUUCUCCCCACGUCCCAACUGAGCGCUCGUUCCGUUCCCGCAUGCCAACAAUUAGCCGCGGCAGCCACGAAGAGUCGCGCGAGUCCAGCCGUAGCCGCGGUGUCUCCCCGCAACCUAGUUUCCGAACCCAGAGAGACCGCUCGGGCUCUGAUGGUUCGGGCCGCUCCAAGAGCCGCUCCAGGUACCGCGAAAGAGAUGAUCUCCAGACCGUGGACGAAGGCUCAGUCAUUGCACAUGAGAACUUUGUUAUGCCCGACAACUUCGAGCCACCCGUGCCUGCCACGGCCCCUGGCUCGAGACGUCCCUCCGUGGAGAUGACCGAGCCAUUCGUCUAUGAUCGCUCUUCUUCUGCCGCUUCGGGCAGAUACCGCAGUGCCAGCCGCUCUGGCUCUGGCAAUCCGAACUUCCAAUACGAGCGACCCUUCCACUUCAACCAGGCCGCUCACCCGCCAUCAAUCAUCGGUGCUUCUCCUCGACCAUCUCCGGCCACCCCGGCCUACUCGGCCAAUGCGACCCCCCCGUUGCACGACGUGCCUCCAGAGCAAUCUCCCGCCUCGGCUCUCGCGUCUGCUACUAAUUCUGGUGGCAACCCUCUGCCCCAACGUACCCCCGGACACACCAUGCUUCAAAAGCGCACCAUUAAUAAGAAGCUGAUCUCGGAGCCCACCUUCGUCUCAUCGACCUCCAACGUUCCCACUGUCGGCCUUCCACCAGGUGCUAUCCCAUCUAAUGGAGCCCCUCCCCUGCCUCCAAUGAACCCACGUCGUCGCCGUGGUACCCAAACCAUAAUGAGCGCCUUCCGAACCGACAAGCACGACUCGUCCCGGGCCGCAUCCCCAGCCCCGAGUCUCGGCGAAGAGCAUACCUCAUUCAUGGAAGACGAGAAGCGACCUCCGUCCCGAAACCGCCUCCGCAAAACAUCCAGCGCAGGCGGCAGCUUAAACGCCCGGGCACGCCAGGAGGCAAUGGCUGGUCCGGCCCCUGCAGUCCCACAAUAUCCUCCUCCCGCCAUCCCCGUUGACGGCGGCAUGUUCUGA